CAGCAGCCAUAAUCAUGAAGUCCCUGUGCCUCGUCACCGUGGGGGUCCUGGCCAUGACGCUGCUCAUCGCCAGCAUCUCCUUGCUGGUAGCGCACGUCUUCCAGACCGUGGUGGACCUGCAAGUGAAGCAGGGAACAGUGCUGAAAAAUGGCACGGAAACCUUUGAAGCCUGGGAGGAUCCUCCUCCACCAGUCUACAUGCAGUUCUACUUUUUUAAUGUGACCAAUCCUUUAGAAGUGCUUCAAGGUGAUACUCCUCUUGUAGAGGAAAUAGGGCCGUACACUUACAGAGAAUACAGGCCAAGAGUGCACGUUCAGUUUUUGGACAACGGAACCAAAGUGUCUGCUCUGAAUCCAAAGACAUACAUAUUUGAACCUCAGAAGUCAGUUGGAAACCCUGAAGUGGACCUGAUUAGAACAAUUAAUAUUCCUGCAGUGACUGCCAUGGAGUGGACCAGGUCAACCCCUCUUCAGUUUGCCACAGAGGUGCUGCUGCUCCUGUAUCAAGAAUCCCUGUUUACAGUUCACACCGUUCAUGAGUUACUGUGGGGCUACAAAGACAAGCUCCUGUCAGCCAUUCAUAUUCUGCACCCGGAGAUCGAUCCAGUGUUUGGUUUAUUUAACAAGAUGAAUGGAACUGAUGAUGGAGAAUAUGUUUUUCUGAGUGGGGAAACAGACUACCUUAACUUCUCAAGGAUUGUGGAAUGGAAAGGAAAAGAGUCAUUGAGCUGGUGGACAACAGAGACAUGUAACAUGAUCAAUGGAACAGAUGGGACAUCCUUCCACCCGCUCAUCAGCAAAGAUGAGAACAUUUAUAUCUUUUCUUCUGAUUUCUGCAGAUCCCUGUACGUGGUGUACGACAGCUCCGGCAGCGUGGCGGGCAUCCCGACGUACCGCUUCGUGCCCUCCGCCAUGGUGUUUGCCAACACCAGCGUCAACCCGGACAACGCCGGCUUCUGCGUCCCGCCGGGGAACUGCCCUGGCGCGGGCGUCCUCAACGUCAGCGUCUGCAAGCAAGGUGCUCCAAUAUUUCUGUCAGCUCCACAUUUUUACCAAGCAGACCCAAAAUUCAUAGAGGACAUAGAGGGCAUGCACCCAAAAAAGGAAUAUCAUGAGACAUUUCUGGACAUCAACCCUCUGACAGGGCUUGUCCUGCAAGGAGCCAAGCGGAUGCAGAUCAAUGUUCAUGUCAGAAAACUACCAGAGUUUUUUGAAACAGGCAACAUCCGAACACUGAUUUUCCCAGUGAUGUAUGUAAACGAGAGUGUUCUGAUUGAUGAAGCAUCUGCCACCAAACUCAAGCAUGUCCUGCUGGAAGCUAGUGUUGUAACUGGAAUCCCCUUUGUAAUCAUGGCUCUAGGAAUUAUUUUUGGGAUUGUUUUUAUUGUGCUUGUGUGCAGGUCCCGGGGAAUUAGUGAAGAGGGUACUGAAGAUGAAAGGUCCCCACUCAUCAGGACGUCUUAG